UUUUCCCAAAAUAAAUUGACUCCUCCUGUCGUCGCUGGCCUUCCUUUCGCCCCUCUCCUUUCUCUCGUCGCCUUCUUCCUUCUCUUACUCAGUGUGUUUCCAGCCCUCCAAAUCAGCCACUGCCUGAUUCCCAAUCUUUUUUCUCUGCGCCUCAUCGCACAUCUUCCCAGUUCCUCUGGGUGUCCUUCGACCCCCCCGGAGCUAGGGUUUCUGGACAUUCCCAGAGGCCGACACACACCGAUUUGGAGCAUUGACGCACUCUUUUAUCCUUUUAUGGAAGCCACGGCCACAGCGCGUGGUGCUUCUCUCACCAUGCAUUCUCCCCAGCUCUCCCGCCAGGAAUGGCGAGCCGUUGCUGACAAUCACUCCGCUCGAGAUGCCGCCGAUGAGGAAAUGGAAAGAUCAAAGUUGACACAAUCGGAUGAAAGGACUAUAUAUGAGGUGCAGCAGGGAAGGGAACCCCUUGAUGUUGACUUCUGUUCAAUUUCAAUAGAUGGGAAUCCAGAUAAUGAUAUUUUGCAGCGGCGGCUCAAUGAUGUAGCUAGACAAAGAGAGGAUCUUCAACAUAUGGAGAUUGAACUUAGAGCACAAGUUAUUGCAAGAUCAGAAAUAUUGCAAAUGCAAAAGAGUUUUGAUGCUCAAAUGAAAGAACACAAUAAUGCUGCCAUCAAGAUGCAGGAACAACUAUGUGAAAGAGACCAGACUAUUCACGAACUGGAAAGGAAAAUAGAAGAUAAAGAUAGGGAAUUGCAAUCAAUUAAAUUAGACAAUGAAGCGGCUUGGGCCAAGGAUGAUCUUCUGCGGGAACAAGAUAAAGAAAUAGCAACUUACAGGAGAGAACGCGAUCAUUCUGAAGCUGAAAGAGCUCAGCAAAUAAAACAAAUGCAUGAACUUCAAGAACACAUCCAUGAGAAAGAGCGGCAGCUUCUUGAGUUACAGGAGCAGCAUAGGAUUGCUCAAGAAACCAUUUUGUACAAAGAUGAACAACUGAGGGAAGCCCAUGCUUGGAUCGCUCGUGUCCAGGAAAUGGAUGCUUUGCAAUCAACUACUAACCAUUCCUUACAAGCUGAAUUGCGUGAACGUACGGAGCAGUAUAACCAGCUAUGGCUUGGUUGCCAGCGCCAGUUUGCAGAGAUGGAGAGACUUCACGUGCAUGCGUUGCAACAACUCCAACUCGAGUUGGCUGAUGCAAGGGAAAGAAGUGGGACUUACAAUGACGAGUCAAAUAUAUCUCAGACAAGUUCUAAAGAUGUAUCACAAUAUGGACAAACCAAUGGUAACCAAUUAGGUGGAGCAGCUUCAACUGGAAAUAAUGGGGCACUGUCAAAUGGGAAUCCAGAAAAUGUUCAAUCUUUUAAUUUGACUGGCAAUUCAUCUAUCCAGACUGACCAUGUAUCCGGUGUUCCAAUGGCUCCAUCGUCUCUUCUCGGGAUGCCACCCUACCUUCCACCUGGGCAGAUGGCUGCUCUGCAUCCUUUUUUGAUGCAUCAACCAGGGGUUCCUCAUUCUGUACCAUCCCAAGUUCCUCAAUCUCACAUGGGGCAUUUUUCAUCAUUACCAACUAUAUCAUCCAUCCAACCAUGGCAGACUGAACAGAUUGUUUCAGAGGGUUCCAACGUUUCUGUUCAGAAUGAAAUUCAGUCAUCUCAAAAUGUUCAAAGCAUGAUGACAUCAAAUACUAAUUACCCGUAUGAAAUGGCUGAUAAUGGGCAAGCUCAUGAACCAGAUUAUCUGGAUGUUCAUACCAGCAAGAGAAGAGAACCUGAUUCAGGGCUUUCCUUGUCUUCUGGAGAAACACAGCUUGAGUCGGUGGAUAGAGGUUACCAAGUUGCCCCCCAACCUGAUAGGAGCUUGCAACAUGUUACCUCCCAAUUUCAUGAUGCUCUAAGGAUUGGUUCCACUUCCAUUCAGAACAACAAUGAAAAGGAUCAAAAUGAUUUGGGUGCAGGUGAUCAAGUUCUUGAGGAGCAAGGGUUAAGUGGGGGGAAAUUAAGUCCUGCUGUCAGUACAUUAACCUCUGAUUCUUCUUCUGUUCACAAUGUGAAUGUCAGUGAAAUGGCUAUCAACAAUGCUUCUGGAUCUGUUGCGGUUGUACCUGAAGUUCUUGUUUCUUCUGGGCUGAAAAUUCCGAUGAUAGUGGGGAAGACCUCAGAAACUGGCCUUCUUGAUGAAAGAGCAUUAUUGGCUUGCAUUGUUCGCACUAUUCCAGCUGGUGGUAGAAUUCAGAUAAGUUCGACACUGCCAAAUAGGCUGUGCAAGAUGCUUGCACCUUUACACUGGCGUGAUUAUGAGAAGAAGUAUGGUAAGCUUGAAGACUUUGUAGCUGGUCAUCCAGAAUUAUUUGUGAUUGAGGGCGAUUAUAUUCAACUUCGUGAAGGAGCACAGAAGACAAUAGCAGCUACUGCAGCUUUUGCUAAGGUUGCCGCUGCAGCUGCAGCUUCAUCUCAUUAUUCAUCACACUUGCCUUCUGUUGCUAUGACCCCAAUGGCUCAUACUAAUCGGUCAAAGAGGAUUCCAUCUGCUGAUUCAAGAAACAUGAAAGCCGAGAAGACUUCUGUUUUUACUUCAAAUAUGGCCAAGGAUUCUCCCCAGGGCACACAAAUGAAGAAUCAACCUAAAAAUGGUUUUCAUUCGACUGCUGGUGGAGGUCUAUUGAACGUGAAACUUUUUACAAGAUCAAAGGAUAGUAAUGUCUUAGAAGCCAAGCCUGGUGAAUCAUCUGUGUUUUUAGGUUUUGAAAAUGGGGCUGCUCUUGAUAGAACAUCAAGUGGGAGCAGUCAAAGCCUACCUUCAACUGAUGGGAGGUCUAGUGCCAAUUUUUCUGGGAAACAUCAGGGCAGGAUGGCUGCUGCUUCGUUGCCUUCAAGAAGAUAAGAUUAUAUGAAAAGUGCUAAUCUUAUGGCUCAAUGGGGGCCCUGCCCUGGAGGAAGGGAUCAGAUAAUACUGAGACGUUGAACCAGAAAAUCGUCCAGAUUUGAAUGAUCAGUUGGUUAUCUGUAAUUUCUCCAAUCGUACUUGUCAGCUGAUUUUUUUUCUCUCCUUUUAGUUUAUUUGUAUUUUCUUCGUUUUUUUUGGGGUUAUUUUUAGGGGUGUGUUCCAAUGACACUGACUCAUCAGAUGUCUCAUUCUGAUUUUUUAUUCAAACGAAUGAUGAUCAUAACUGUGAAUCUGAUAGUUCAUACUCGAUCUCUGUGGUCUAUAAACCGGCAUUCAUCAGAUUCCUAAGGGUUUCUGGCUUGCAUUUCCCUA